AUGGACAAUCUACUUACUUAUUAUCCGGACAGUGACGAGGAAUCACCGCGGAGAAGGUCAAAUGAAGGUUGGUUUUUUUAAAAAUAUUCCUUGCUCUGUUGAUGUCAUUUUCUACAAGUUUGGUUUACUUUUUUUCUCAAGCGUAGGUCAGGGAAGCGCCAGAAUCCCAGCUUUUAUUUUGCCCUUUUGAGUGGGGAAACAAUUUGUUUUUGAUAUUUUUAUGAUACUUGUUACUAUCCUUGCCCACUUUUUUUUCAUUGGAAUUUCUUCAGUUGCCCAAACUUCAAGGCCGGCCUCUCCUGGGGAAGAUUCGCAAAGUAACGACAGUGAUGAUCGGGAUCAAAGACGGAAACGUCAAAAUUCAGACACCAUGUUUGACGGUUAGUUAGCUUGUUUUUUUUUGGAAAAAAACGCAUCAAAUGAGCUUUUUAACAACAAAACCCUUUCCCUUUUGGGAGGAACUUCAUGGAGUGAAAUAAACAUAUUCAUUUGUUUGUAGGAACUUUCAAUUAAGCACUGCAAAAAACAGAGAAGACAGAAAAGUAAGAUCGAGGGAAUUGUUUGAAACUUUUAAAGGAGCAAAAAAGCAACAUUUUAGUGUUUGAUCAGGGGAAAUAUUUUGAAAGUGAAUAUUUGAAAUCCAAAAAUUUUCAUGCAACAGUAGUUAUCUUUUUUUAUUCUAUGCUUUUUAAGGGACAAAAAUAAUUCUGACUUUUUUGUUGUUAAAAAAAUUACGAGAGACCUCGAAAAUCAGUAAAAUUAUUUUCCACUCGUUCAAAAAGGCAAAAGUCUUUCAGUACCAAGAAGAACGAUUAUAAUGAUAAAUUCUUCGAUAUUUAAACAAAAAAUUUGUCAGUUCGCCUUUUGAAAAACACAGACAACAUUUCUGAGCAAAGAAUGAGUUUGAAAAUGUAUUAGAUGUUCAAUAAAAGUUUUUUUCAAAAAAAUAUUUUUUUAAUAAUUUUGAAACUUUUAAGCUUUUUUUAGACGAUGAGGGAGGCAAUCGAUCAGAUUACUCGGAUCGAAGUCAAAGUCAAAACUUUGUCGAACCACCUCCGCCACAAAGAGUCGUCGACCAUUCCCCUUCGCCAGCUUUUAGAACUCCAGCUUCUGCUUUUCCUCAGGUAAACAGGAAAAAUUUUGAAUUUAUUUAUUUGUUCAUUUUCCAGAACUCAUCACAAUUGUCUUUAGUAUCGUAUGGAGGCGAAGAAGAGGCUUUUCAAAGUUCCUUUCUCUAUUAUCCUAUUUUAAUUGAAGUUUCAGGCGAUUCGGAGAAUACAGGUCAGAAAAGUACCCCACAGUCUGAAGCAUUGCAUGAGCCGCGACCGCCAGGAAGGCAGAGUCAAGUAAGUUUUCAUCUUUUCCUACUAUAUUUAUGAAUUUUUUUCAGGAAAGCGACGAGGAAGAGGAAGAACGAUUAAUCGAUCUCGCUUUAGAAGAGAGUAAAACGCUUUUCAUGGUGAAUAUUCCCAAUAAAAGCCCCUUAUCCAAAUUAAUUCCAGGAACAGGACGAAUCUUCUUCGCUGGACGUGACGCCAACCAGAGAAGAUGCACUAGAUAGUCCUAUAGGAGAUGCUACGGUUCGAUUCAUUCUGAGAAAUCCCGAAAACUUGAUACUUUCAGGAUUCUCAGUCGGCGGCGGCUCCAGAGUUUGCCAACGAGGAUGAAAUUCAAAUACCUUCAGCGCCUGAUAAGGAAGUCAAUGAGGAUCUACAAGUUUUUUUUUUUUUAUUUCAAUACUAAUAGAAAGUUAUUGAACAUUCAGAACAAGUUUGAAAAAGCCUUUUGGCAGAAAGAUCAAGGUGUGAACUUGAACAAAGCGAUCCAAAGUCGGCAGGACUUCAGCAAUCCCAUGAGUUAUGAAAGAUUCAUCGAGACUUUCGAAAUUGAUGAGAAAGGUAGGUAUUUCCAUAAGAAAGUUAUUUACGCUUUCAAUCAAUAUCAAUCAAUGUUUAUUAGUUGUUUCAGUCAGAUGGAAUCGACUUCAAAAUAAUUUUGAGCCGUUUAUAAUGAGAGAAUCUUAAAGAUUUGGUAGAUUUUGUAAACAUUCAUAUAUUGCUCAAAAAUAAUCUUGAACAUAUUUGAUUUUCAAUCUUUUUUUCUUCCAUAAAUGUUCAUUCCUAACUCUUUAGGAACGAAUUUCGAAAGCCACUUGUUCGAUCCGCACUGCAUCUCGGAAAAUUGCUUCUACGACAAAAUUGGUAAGACAUGAACUAAAAUAUUGAAUAUUUUUAUUUUGUUUUCAGCGGAGCUACAAAGAAAGCAAAUGGAAGCGCAUACUGUUGCGAAUGCGAAAAAAAGUGGCCGUGAAAAAAAUUUUUUUUUCCUUUGCUCGAACUAUAAACGUUUAUUUAUUUAAUUUUUUUAUUCUUUAACUCUCCAUAUACAAAUUCAUAGUACAGGAAAAUAUACAAGGCAUGUCUUUAACUACAAAAAAAAAAAAUAGAAAACUUAGUUAUUCUUCAAAUUUCUGUUAAGCAUCCGACCGGCAGUUGA